CGUGGCUGCAGCUUCCCAGGGAGCAGCCCAGGGGCCGCCCCAACGUUCAGCCUUUCCCUCUGGAUUUUUUAGAAGAUUCAACAGUGAGACGCAUUCCACUUUCCCUUCAUCCCAGGAAGGAGAAUCUGCAAAGUGCCUUGUAAAGUUCCUUAAGGGAGGAGCCAUCACAGCUAAAAUGAAGCCCAAGGAAGAAAAAGUGAAAAUAAUUACAGAGGAGUUCAUUGAAGACAGUGAGGAUGCCCAUGAGGGAAGACAGAAGAAGACCGCGAAGGUUCCAAGACAAAAAGGAAAGAAGAAGCUGUCGGCUGCCGGCCCCAAGGAAAUGGUGUCUGAAAAAUCCCAUCCAGACGACCAGCAGGAGCCCGCGCAGGAAGGUUCUGACACUCGCCUCCUGGGCAUGGCGAGCCGACGAGGCCCACGGAGCUUACCUCCAAUUCCUUCAGCUUCCAGAACAGGCUUUGCAGAAUUUUCCAUGAGAGAACGCAUGAGGGAGAAAUUACAAGCUGCAAGGUCCAAAGCAGAAAGUGCGUUGCUGCAGGAAAUUCCCACCCCUCGGCCCAGGCGCUUACGAAGUCCCAGUGAGAGAGAAUUGGAGACUGAAUUUGGCACAGAGCCAGGUAGAGAGGUACAAAGGACUCAACAAGAAGAUGACUCCCAAGGUUUUUCAAGAGUAAAAUUCCAUGAUUCUGUGCGAAAAAUCAAGUCUAAACCCCCGGUUCCGCCUGGCUUCCCUUCUGCUGAGGAAGCUUAUAAAUUCUUUACUUUCAACUUUGAUCCCGAACCAGAGGAAUCAGAGGAAAAACCAAAAGCAAAAAGCAGAGAUGGAACUAACCAAGAGGAGGAGGAAGGAGAGGAAGAAGAGCCACCUGUGCAAGAAGGAGUAAGCAAAAUGGAUGAGGAAGAGCUGCUCGAUGGCAGGGAUGCUGAGGAUCUCCUACUGGGCUUAGAUCAUGCGGCUGAAGAUUUUGUGGCAGUCAGACCUGCGGAUUAUGAAAGUGUGCACAUUCGUCUGCAGAUGGAAAAAGAGCUCCUGUUCAUACCCAGCAGGCUGACAGUGCCUACGUAUAAAAAACUUCCUGAGAAUGUGCAGCCCAGGUACCCGGAAGACGAAGGCCUUUACAUCGGGGCAAGACUGGAGGUGCCGAGAGCCAACCAGAACAUCAUGGAGAACAGGUUGCUGGUGCAGGAGCCCGGGAGGAGAUGGUUCGGAGAUGAUGGAAGAAUCCUAGCGCUGCCAAACCCCAUCAAGCCAUUUCCUUCAAGACCACCCAUGUUGACACAGGAGCAAGACAUUAAGGCAGAACUCAAAACACUGUAUAAAAAGGCAGUAAAAUACAUCCACAGAAGUCAGCAUUUGAUUGGAUCUGGAGACCCUCCUGGAAAUUUCCAACUGGACAUUGAUAUUUCGGGUUUAAUCUUCACACAUCAUCCCUGUUUUAGCCGAGAGCAUGUUUUGGCAGCCAAACUGGCCCAGUUGUAUGACCAGUACCUUGCAAGGCGCCAGAGACACAAGGCACAAUUUCUUACCGACAAGCUCCAAGCUCUAAGAAAUGCUGUUCAGAUGGGCCUUAAUCCAGCAAAAACUCCUAAGUCUCUUGAAACAACCCAAAAAACCAUCAAUGAGUAUAAAUCUGAAAUUCAGCAAACAAGAAAACUGCGUGAUGCUGAACAAGAAAAAGAUCGAACAUUGCUUAAGACCAUCAUAAAAGUCUGGAAAGAGAUGAAAUCCCUUCGAGAGUUCCAGAGGUUUACAAAUACACCCUUGAAACUUGUUUUGAGAAAGGAAAAAGUUGACCAGAAAGCUGAUGAAGAAGCAUAUGAAGCAGAAAUUCAGGCCGAGAUAAGUGAAUUGUUGGAAGAGCACAUGGAAGAGUACGCACAGAAGAUGGAGGAAUACAGAAGUGCACAGCAGCAGCGGAAAGCCUGGAAGAAGGCCCAGAGGGCCAAAAAGAAGAAAAAGAAACAAGCAGUCGAAGAACAUCCUGAUGAGAUGAAGGAGCCAGAUCCCGGGGAGGAGCCUGUGAAACCCGUCCCUCCAGAGCCCACAGAUCGGGCUGUGAUAGAGCAGCAGGUGAGGGAGAGAGCAGCCCAGAGCCGGAGGAGGCCCGGGGAGCCCACGCUGGUCCCAGAGUUGAGCCUUGCGGGGAAUGUGACACCCAACGACCAGUGUCCCAGGGUGGAGGUCUUGCGAAGGGAAGAUGUCAAGAGGCGCUCGCUGUAUUUAAAGGUGACCUUCAACAACAAGGAAGUGUCCAGGACCGACAGUCGGCCGCUUGGGGCUGACUUCCGUGUUCACUUUGGACAGAUUUUCAACUUGCAAAUAGUCAACUGGCCCGAGAGUUUAACACUGCAGGUAUAUGAAACAGUUGGACACAGUGGUACCACCUUGCUAGCAGAAGUGUUUCUGCCUAUUCCUGAAACUACUGUUGUCACUGGAAGAGCUCCCACUGAAGAAGUGGAGUUUAGCAGUAACCAGCAUGUGACACUGGACCACGAGGGAGUUGGCAGCGGAGUACCCUUCUCAUUUGAAGCUGAUGGUAGUAAUCAACUGAUUCUAAUGACCUCGGGGAAAGUGUCCAACAGUGUGGCAUGGGCCAUUGGAGAAAAUGGGAUUCCUUUAAUUCCUCCAUUGUCACAGCAGAAUAUUGGAUUUAGAAGCGCUUUGAAGAGAGCAGAUGCCAUCUCAUCCAUUGGCACAUCAGGACUGACAGACAUGAAAAAGUUGGCCAAGUGGGCAGCAGAGUCCAAGCUUGACCCCAAUGACCCCAGCAAUGCCCCUUUGAUGCAGCUCAUCUCGGUUGCUACCAGUGGUGAAUCCUACAUCCCUGAUUUCUUUCGACUGGAACAGCUACAACAAGAAUUUAACUUUGUUUCAGAUGAGGAAUUAAACAGAUCCAAACGAUUCAGGCUUCUUGGUCUUAGAAGCCAAGAGGUGCCAGAAUUCCGAAAUUAUAAACAAAUUCCAAUGUAUGACCGAGAAAUUAUGGAAAAGGUAUUCCAGGACUAUGAGAAACGGUUACAAGACAGAAAUGUAAUUGAAACCAAGGACCACAUAGAUACCCACAGGGCCAUAGUAGCCAAGUACCUCCAGCAGGUUAGAGAAUCAGUGAUAAAUCGUUUUCUAAUUGCAAAACACCAUUUUCUUCUUUCGGAUUUGGUAGUAGAAGAAGAAGUUCCCAAUAUCAGCAUUUUGGGCCUGAGCCUUUUCAAGCUGGCAGAACAAAAACGACCACUGAGACCAAGGAGAAAAGGUCGGAAGAAGGUGACAGCCCAAAACCUGUCCGAUGGAGACAUAAAGCUGCUGGUGAACAUUAUCCGGGCUUAUGACAUUCCAGUGAGGAAGCCAAUGACAAGCAAAUUCCAGCAGCCAUCGAGAUCUUCAAGGACUUUCAGCGAAAAGCAUGCUGCUUCCCCAGCCACACAAAGCCCAACCCACAGUGCUGACUACCCCCUCGGCCAGGUUUUAGUACGUCCUUUUGUAGAAGUUUCAUUUCAGCGAACAAUUUGCCAUACAACUACAGCUGAAGGUCCAAACCCCAGCUGGAAUGAAGAACUCGAACUUCCAUUUAGGGCCCCCAAUGGGGAUUACAGCACCACCAGUUUGCAGUCAGUGAAAGAUGACGUGUUCAUCAACAUUUUUGAUGAAGUUCUAUAUGAUGUCUUAGAGGACGACCGUGAAAGAGGAAGUGGAAUCCACACCCGUAUUGAGAGACACUGGUUGGGAUGUGUGAAAAUUCCAUUUAGCACGAUAUAUUUCCAGGCAAGGAUUGAUGGGACAUUUAAAAUCAAUAUUCCCCCAGUUCUUCUGGGCUACAGUAAGGAGCGAAGUGUGAUUAUUGAGCGGGGUUUUGACGCUGUCCGAAGCCUGAGUGAAGGCUCCUACAUCACCCUGUUCAUUACCUUGGAGCCUCAGCUGGUUCCCGGGGAGUCGGUUCGAGAAAAGUUUGAUUCUCAGGAAGAUGAGAAAUUGCUUCAAGCGACUGAGAAGUUUCAAGCUGAAUGUGCCUUAAAGUUUCCAAAUCGUCAGUGCCUUACAAGAGUGGUUGACACUAGUGGGAAAACCGUCUUCAUUACUCGUUAUCUCAAGCCUUUAAAUCCUCCUCAGGAGCUCCUUAACACUCACCCCAACAAUCCACAGGCAACAGCAGAACUGGUGGCUCGAUAUGUGUCUUUGAUUCCUUUCUUGCCUGACACUGUUUCAUUUGCUGGUGUCUGUGACCUGUGGAGCACAUCUGAUCAAUUUCUUGAUCUCCUGGCAGGAGACGAAGAAGAGCAUGCAGUAUUACUGUGUAAUUACUUUCUCUCCCUGGGUAAGAAGGCCUGGCUGAUGAUGGGCAAUGCUAUUCCUGAGGGUCCAACUGCCUAUGUGCUAACUCGGGAGCAAAGUCACUAUUUAAUAUGGAAUCCCUGCAGUGGACAUUUUUAUGGACAAUUUGAUACAUUCUGCCCCUUAAAGAGUGUGGGCUGUUUAAUAGGUCCUGAUAAUAUUUGGUUUAAUAUUCAACAAUAUGAUUCCCCAUUAAGGAUAAAUUUUGAUGUCACCAAGCCCAAGCUAUGGAAAUCUUUCUUUUCAAGAAGCCUUCCAUAUCCUGGCCUUUCCAGUGUUCAGCCAGAAGAGCUAAUUUACCAGCGCACUGACAAAGUGGCUGCAGCUGAACUACAAGACAGGAUUGAAAAAAUACUAAAAGAAAAAAUCAUGGACUGGAGGCCUCGCCAUCUGACGCGGUGGAAUAGGUACUGUACCGCUACUCUGCGUCACUUCUUGCCUCUGUUAGAAAGAAAUCAUGGAGAAGAUGUGGAAGACGACCACAGAGCAGAACUGCUGAAACAGCUAGGAGACUACAGGUUCACUGGAUUUCCCCUUCACAUGCCAUACUCUGAAGUGAAGCCUUUAAUUGAAGCUGUGUAUAGCACUGGAGUACAUAAUAUUGAUGCGCCUAAUGUUGAAUUUGCUUUAGCUGUAUAUAUCCACCCAUAUCCCAAAAACGUUUUGUCUGUUUGGAUCUAUGUUGCCUCCCUUAUACGCAACAGAUAGUUUUUUCAUUGUAUGUUUUAUAUCAUGUAAAAAUGAUAAUUGAGAGUAUUUUUUAAGUGCUCUUGAUCAAAGGGAAGAAAAUACUUACAAAUAAUGAAAU